UGGCGGCCGCCGGCGGCCGCCGCAGCCCUGACAGUCACCUUCGGGCGGCUGGUGUCUGCGUGCAGCCGCAGCGUCCUGAGACCUUCAGGGCCCGGAGCAGCCUGCCUUUGGUCUGCUUCUCGAAGGUUCAACUCACAAAGUGCUUCAUUUCCACAAGGAUAUGUUCCUAAAACAUCACUGAGUUCACCACCUUGGCCAGAAACUGUUUUGCCAGACCCAGUUGAAGAGACCAGACACCACACAGAGGUCGUGAAGAAGGUGAAUGAGCUGAUCGCCUCGGGGCAGUAUGGCAGGCUCUUUGCCGUGGUGCACUUCACUAGCCACCAGUGGAAGGUGACAGCCGAAGACCUAAUUUUAAUCGGAAAUGAGCUAGAUGUGGCGUGCGGAGAGAGGAUUCAGUUGGAGAAGGUCCUACUGGUUGGGGCAGACAAUUUCACACUACUUGGAAAGCCACUUCUUGGAAAGGAUCUUGUUCGAGUAGAAGCCACAGUUAUUGAAAAGACAGAGUCAUGGCCAAGAGUCAAUAUGAAAUUUAAGAAAAGGAAAAACUUCAGGAAGAAAAAGAUUAUCGUGACCCCACAGACCAUCCUCCGGAUAAACACCAUUGAGAUUGCUCCCUGCUUAUCAUGAUCAUUGAGCUAAUAUUUACAGAAGUAUAAAAAUAAACUAAUUUUCCAAGGAG